AUGUGUCCUAUGUGGCUAUUGGUCGUGGCAGUGGUGGGCGUGGCCAGGGGAGCUGCCAGUCAGUGCUGGGAGCAUCCCGUGUGUCAAGAGCCAAAGUCUGAGAGCAGCGUGCUGGAGUGUAUCCAUCUGUGUCACUCUGACCUCACUGUUGAGACGCCCGCAUUCCCAGGCGACGCCCACCUCCACCAGGACAAGCGCUCCUACUCCAUGGAGCACUUCCGCUGGGGGAAGCCACGCCGCACCAAACGCUACGGCGGCUUGAGGAAGAGCUGGGACGAGAAGAACCGGAAAACCCUGAUGACUCUGUUCAAGGCCGUCUUCAACAAGGACAGACAGCAGCAGGGGAUAGGAGAGAGGGAGAGAGGAGGAUCCAUGGAGGAGGAGAGAGAAUGA